ACUUACACCGGUGUGGAAAAACUAGGGGCGGAAAAGAGCUCUUUAAAACCCACAUUUAAUGAACCAAACAAUUGCGCGUGAGAAUCACUUGUUGUUCAUAGUCCCCCGUAUAUAUCCGUUCUUUUUUCUUCCUUCCUUCCUUCCUUCCUUCAACGCUCAGCACUCAAAUCCUCUGAGAGAAAAAAAAAUUAGGGUUUUGCAUUUCGGGUCAGACAGACUCAGACAUGGGAGGAGGCAAUGCCCAGAAGUCAAAGAUGGCUCGCGAGAAGAACCUCGAGAAGCAGAGGGCUGCCGCUAAGGGAAGCCAGUUGGAUUCAAACAAGAAAGCCAUGUCUAUUCAGUGCAAGGUGUGCAUGCAAACAUUUAUAUGCACCACAUCAGAAGUGAAGUGCAAGGAGCAUGCUGAAGCCAAACACCCCAAAUCUGAUCUCCAUGUUUGUUUUCCUCAUCUUAAAAAGUGAAAGAGUGCAUGUUGAGACAUGAUAUAUCAAUAUAUGGCCUGUUAUAUAGUCUCUAUCCACAGAGAUCUUCAAUUUCUUUUAUAACAAAUAUGUCUGUGUGUUUGUGUCUUGGGGGGUAGGGAGAGACGAGAGGGGAUAAUUAGUAAGUUUUUCCAUUGUUUAAGCGUGAGAAACUGUGUUAAUUUUCUCUUUUUUUGUCUAAUUGUAACUUAUGAAUGAUUGCUAGUGUCAAUAUUAAUCUUCUUACAGAAUCAUAGAUUACAUGAAAGUGUUUAGGAAUGACAAAUAUGAAAAUAAGGGUCUCCGUUCCUAAAAUUUGGGGAAAAUGUCUAUUGAAAUCUUA